GUUUGGCUGGCCUAACCUUAUUAAUAGAAUAGCAGCUUCUUCACAUUAAAGAGAUCCAAUUCCAUCACAAUGUUAAUCUUUGCGCCACGAGGAGGAUCGAAGAAGUACAAUGAAGGACAAUCAAAAUGCAGUUCUAGUAUUCAAAGCGAUUUCAGACGAUUUGGGGGAUAAGGAUCCUUACGUUAAGGUCCUUGCUGAUAAGGGAUUCACCGUGCAAACUAUUCCAGUUCUUGAAUUCAAAUUUAAGAACUUGAUUGUACUCAAGGAAAAACUAGAUCGCCCAGAUCGUUAUGGAGGCUUAAUACUGAGCAAUCCACGGUGCGUGCAAGCGGUUGCUGAUGCUGUUGGGGGUGCAGAUGAGUUGCCCGAUGAAUGGAGAGAGCUACCAGUGUUUGCAGUUGGAGAGACAACUGCUCGUCAAGCGAAAGACCUGCUUAAUAUCUGUACAACAACAUCAGGGAAUGUGGCCACUUUGACGACAAUGAUAGUACAAAAAAGAUCAUUGAAUCCUUUGCUGCUGCCGACUGGCAAUAUUCAGUUGGAUACGAUGGACCGUCUAUUGACGAAGCAAGGUGUUGCUACGGACAUGGUGGAAGUGUACACAACCGUGCCACAUCCUCAAAUUGAGGAGAACCUGCAAGCUGCUCUGGAAGUUUGCGUUCCACAUUAUGUUGUGUACUUCAGCCCCUCUGGUGUUCACUCUUCCUUCCCUAUUCUCAAAGAGGUUGUUGAUGUGAAAGAAACAAAGUGGAUCUCUAUUGGACCUACAACUGGAGCUGCCAUAGAAUCUCAUGGUCUCAAAGUAUCCGCUUCUGCAUCAAAACCUACUCCUGAUUGUCUGGCUGAGGCCAUUGCAAGCUGUGCUCCUCGCUCUGGGUAGUUGGUGCCUUCAGUUUGUCCUUGUUUCAGGUAACAGGUUUGUGUUGUAAUCUUCCUUACCCACCAACCAUCUACAAGUCUUGGACAGAGAAAGUCACCCUGUGUGUACGAGCACCCUGGCACCCGAGAGAUCUGGAUCUGACCAAAGAGCAAGCAGAAGACACAGCUUUAGUUAUCAUUAUUCCCAUAUUGAGUUACAAGAAUUAUGAUAACUUUCUAAGAAAUGCCCUAAAGUUAAAUCUGUAGGUAUUUCUUUUAAUUUCCCUACAUGUUUUAUAAGGUAUUUUAAAUAAAAUACUUUAUAUUUUCAA